UGUCCGACAGAGGGCGAUGGCAGCUGUCUGUUGCUCCCGGUCCUGAACAAGAAGAAGAAGAAGACUAAGAAAAGGAAGACGACAUUUCCGCCGCUCCGUACUGUCACUAACGACACUGUGCAGCGAGAUAGUCAAGAUGGCAGGCCGUCGCGUAGCCCUGAAGGCCGUUGACUGGGUGGCAUUUGCCGAGCGGGUUCCACCCAACCAGCGGGGCAUGUUCAACGCACUGAAGACUCGCAGUGAUGCCAUCUCUGCCAAACUAGCCUCCCUGCCAGAGACCCCUGUAGCCAUCGACUGGAAUUACUACAGGGGCGCUGUGGCCAAAGCCGGCAUGGUUGAUGAGUUUGAGAAGAAGUUCAAAGCACUGCAGAUCCCUGAGCCUGUUGACAAACAGACAAGCGUCAUCAAUCAACAGGAGGUUGAGGCUAACAAAAGUGCAGCAGCCUACAUUGAAGCAUCAAAGGCCCGUGUCGUUCAGUAUGAAAAAGAGCUGGAAAAAUUCAAGAACAUGAUCCCAUUCGAUCAGAUGACCAUCGAGGAUCUCAACGAAACCUUCCCCGAGACCAAGUUGGACAAGGUCAAGUAUCCCUACUGGCCCCACAAACCUAUUGCCGACUUGUAAUCCUACUAUUGGACAUGCACCUCACAAUAAAGAUUAUGUAUUUUAAAAAGAA